AUGGUUUUAAAAGCUACUGACAAGUUCGCCACAAAGGCAAUUCAUGCUGGUGCUCACGUUGAUGUUCACGGUUCCGUUAUUGAACCUAUUUCAUUGUCGACCACUUUCAAGCAAAGUGCUCCCGCCCAACCAUUAGGUGAGUACGAGUAUUCUAGAUCUCAAAAUCCAAACAGAAAAAACUUAGAAGAUGCUAUUGCUUCAUUAGAAAACGGUAAGCAUGGGCUAGCCUUUUCAUCAGGUUCUGCUACUACAGCCGUCAUUCUUCAAUCUCUACCUCAGGGAUCUCAUGCAAUUUCCAUUGGUGAUGUGUAUGGUGGUACCCAUCGUUACUUUACUAAAGUUGCCAACGCACACGGUGUGGAUGUAUCUUUCACCAAUGAAUUGGUCAAGGAUUUGCCAUCUUUGGUCAAACCAAAUACUAAAUUGUUGUGGAUCGAGUCACCAACUAAUCCAACUCUUCAAGUUACAGAUAUUGCAUUGGUGAACAAAACCGUUAAAGAAUUGAACAAGGAUAUUUUAGUCGUUGUCGACAACACUUUCUUAUCCCCAUACCUGUCCAACCCAUUGGACUUUGGUGUUGAUGUUGUGGUCCACUCUGCCACCAAAUACAUUAAUGGUCACAGCGAUGUUGUUCUUGGUGUGCUUGCCACUAACAGCACUGAAUUAUACGAAAGAUUACAAUUUCUACAAAAUGCUAUUGGUGCUAUCCCAUCACCAUUUGAUGCUUGGUUAGCUCACAGAGGUUUGAAGACUUUGCACUUGCGUGUUAGACAGGCUGCUACUACCGCUACUAAAAUUGCAGAAUUUUUACAAUCCAAUGAUAGGGUCAUUGCUGUCAACUAUCCUGGUUUAGCCUCCCAUCCUAGCCAUGAUGUUGUUCAAAGACAACACCGUGAUGGCCUUGGUGGUGGUAUGAUCUCCUUCAGAAUUAAAGGUGGUGCUGAAGGCGCUGCUAAGUUUUCUUCCAACACUAGACUAUUUACACUUGCAGAAUCUCUAGGUGGUAUUGAAUCUCUACUGGAAGUUCCUGCGGUAAUGACUCAUGGUGGUAUCCCCGAGGAUCAAAGAGAAGCAAGUGGUGUUUACGACGAUUUGAUUAGAUUAUCUGUUGGUAUUGAAGAUACUGAAGAUUUGCUCGAAGAUAUCAAACAAGCUCUAAAGAGUGCUUCCGCUUAA